AUGUUAAAAGAAUCGAUUCUUCUAUACAACUCAGAAGUAAGACUGCCUCACAUGAUACCUACAUUUGCUUUCAGUCCUAUCCUUGAGGAGCGAAUGGUUAGCGAAUGGAAACGUCGCGGAGAGCUUCGUGUUGGAUUGCGCAGUGGAUCUGGCGCUCUACUAUUAAUCAACUUGGGCACACAUUUCUGUGACUUGAUGGUUCGUAAUGAAGAAAGGUCUGCUAUAGAAUAG